AACCUCAUCUCCUCGUUGAACUUCUUUAUAAAUGCCUCAACUCGUCGAUUCUAGUCGUCCUGAUUCAGCAACGGUUCCUUUCUCAGCUUCAAUACUGAAGCCGGGGACGAGCUCACUUGCACCGGUGACAUCUGGAAAUUGGUCUGGUCCUUGGACGUUUCCGAUUUCUUCACCACCGGCGACGGCUCAGCGAGCGAAUCCACGUUCACCUAAUUCUCUCAUGUGUCCUCGAACGCCUCUGAUUUCUUCAGGUGCCUCGAUAACGGCAUUUCCUUCUUCUCCAAAUCUACCCGUUACUCACCCCAAGUAUGACACCCUUAACAAUACGUUUGAAAGAGCUCUUGUUACAAUGCACAAGAUGCCCAGGAUAUGGAUAAUGUACUUGCAAACCCUGACAGAACAGAAGUUGAUUACUAGAACUCGUAGGACUUUUGACAGGGCUCUCUGUGCGUUGCCAGUGACUCAGCAUGACAGGAUUGGGGAGCCUUAUUUGGUAUUUGUGAGCCAAAAGCGUAUCCCUAUUGAGACCUCACUGAGGGUUUAUAGGAGGUACUUGAAGUAUGAUCCUUCUCACAUUGAAGAUUUCAUUGAGUUUUUGGUGAAUUCAAGUCUGUGGCAAGAGGCCGCAGAGAGGUUAGCUUCUGUUUUGAAUGAUGAUACCUUUUAUUCAAUAAAAGGUAAGACAAAACACAGACUGUGGUUGGAGUUGUGUGACCUGCUUACAACACAUGCGACUGAGGUUUCGGGGCUUAAUGUGGAUGCAAUAAUUAGAGGUGGGAUACGGAGGUUUACAGAUGAGGUAGGAAGGCUAUGGACUUCGCCUGCUGAUUAUUACAUUAGGAGAAGCUUGUUUAAGAAGGCUAGAGAUAUUUUUGAGGAGGUGGCUGCUGAUGGGAAUGAACCUGUGCAGAUGAAAAUGCACAAAUCACUUAGAUUGUGGACUUUCUAUGUAGACUUGGAGGAAAGCCUGGGCACCUUGGAGUCAACUAGAGCAGUCUAUGAGAGAAUACUGGACUUAAGAAUUGCCAUACCGCAAAUCAUCAUAAACUAUGCCUUCCUUUUGGAGGAAAACAAGUACUUUGAAGAUGCUUUUAAGGUCUAUGAAAGAGGUGUCAAGAUAUUUAAAUACCCACAUGUCAAGGACAUUUGGGUAACCUAUUUGUCCAAGUUCGUGAAAAGAUAUGGAAAGUCGAAGCUUGAAAGGGCUAGAGAACUGUUUGAGCAUGCUGUUGAAACGUUUUCUAUUGAAAUUGUGGGAGGUUCCUUCAGAGCAUUGGUUCCUUUAAGAAGCAAUGGGAGUAAUCUUAGCCAGAAGAAUUGGCGUGUAGAAGAGCAUAAUUUCAUUAACAGCAGCAGAAAAGUGGGGUUUGUGAGUGCUGGGGUGGAGUCCCAGACUGAUGGAGGGAUGAAACCAGUUGCCACCGAAGAAGACAUUGGUCUGCCGAGAGAAAGUGAUUCUGAAGAUGAAGAAAGAGUUGAAAUUGCACAGAAAGAUGUUCCUACUGCUGUAUUUGGAGGUCUUGUCAGGAAGAGAGACGAUGGUGACAGAGAUGCGGAUGAUGAUACUGUACCAGCCAAAGAUAGGGGAAGUGAGAGUCGUCUAGGAGCCCUUGAGAGAAUAAAGAGGCAGAAAAAAACUUGAUUUUAGUUACUAACCUUGUCUAAUUUUGAUUGCUGAUAUCUUCUGUUCAUUUACGAUGCAUGUACCCUUUAAGCAUUUCUGACAUGCAUUAAACUAGUGCCUGCCUGAAUAUACCGAGAUUAUGAGU